AUGCCCAAACAAGAGCCACACGAAAAAGAGUACUACCUUGAGACACAUCCGUAUGUAUCCUUUGGCGAUAAUGGUACGACUGCAAGUCUCGACCGUUUCGGGGAUCUCAUACAGAUCUCCCAAACUCAUAGUUCUAGCCGUUCAGGCCUUUUCUCUGUAGAUCUCCCUUACAUAGAUGAGCCGUACUAUGUUCGAAUUCGGGCAGAACAACUUAUGAGCGCCCGAGAAAUUGAUGGAGCAGGUAUUUGUGCAUAUACUUUUAGUCCCCAUCCAAGUUUCCACGAGUCUCCUCAACAAGUAAAGUAUGAAUUCAUCCACGAUCGAUGGCCGCUUUUCACGCUGGAAUACGACGGCGGGAUAGCCAAGGUUUUACAUGUCGCACACCAAGGGAUUAUCUUCCAGCAAUAUCAGUGGUCGGCGAAGUCAGACCCUAUCCACUAUUCCCGCGGAUCAGACAUCUCCGUCGCAGCGAAACUGCUGAUCCGAGACUUGGAUUUCAUGGAUCGUUCAUACGGAUUCAACGAAGACGAACUCCACGAAAACUAUUCGCAUCGAAUUAGUGAAGAUGGUUACGGAUUCAUACUUGAACAUGAGGACUUGUUCCGAAACGACAAGGAGUGCGAGGAAUGGGAGAAAUUCGAUUCCGUCUUCCUGGCUGUCUCUAUCUUCAUCAAUGGUGUAGCCCAAAAGCUUGAGCUCAGUGACAUCGAUGAUGAUCCCGUCAUAUUUGUAAACUCUCCAGAGUUCUUUGUGGUACAAGGUCAUCCCCUCCAAAUCACUGUGGGUUACAAAAUCCUGGUUCGUGAAAACGAUUGGGACGGUAACAGUUUCCCCAUUACUCAAGACAGUCUCUGCGCCAUGCACAUGAUGCUCAGAGAAACUUCGUUCACCAGAUUGGAAUUUUCGCGGAAUGUUCAUCUGGACUUCAUCAUGAGACGGAACUUGGAACAUAUACUUUCGGUUUGCAGUAUUCCGACACUUCAAUCUUACGAGGACGGAAUAGCUCUCACUUGUGGAGAUAUAUCGGGACAUCGGAUUGUCAAUUCAGCAAGCUUUCUCACUUUCCAGUUUCUUUUAUCGAUGUACAGACAUCUAAGUUCGAUCCAACAAACUGCGCUGGCCCAAAGCCCACCAAUAAUGUCCAGCGAGGACCAGAAAUCUGCCCUUGAGGGUAUUUGCGUCGAAAACCUACAAAAGCGCAUUGAGAAAGUAUGCAGAGGGCAUGUAGCCUGGCUGAAACAGGCUGAAAAAGUCGAUGGGUGCUUUAGAGCCAAUUAUUGGGUGACUGGUAAACUAAUCAUCAAAGGUGAUUCGAACUCCGACACAGGCGCAGAAUCUUUGACCGAUACACCAUUUCAAUUGAUUAAGCUUGCUGAUUACGGGAGGCUAUUCAAGUUGGACAAGGACGGUGUCUUUUUGACAGAGCUUAAGGCUCUUGCGACCAACUGGAUUCAGGUACUCGAAACUGCCAACGCUCGACGGUUUUAUGCAUUCCCUCGCCCCAAGACAGACCCUACAACACUAAAUGAAUUCCGGUUGGACGAUCACGUUUGGAUGUGGAGAGCCCUUAGCGCAGUCAGGGACAUGGUCCGGGGCAACGAGCUCGGAAAUCUCAAGCUUCGAUCAACUCGACGCCGGCGUAGAGCAUACGAAGAGAGCUCUGAGAAAGAAGAGAGCUCCGAGAAUGUGGAGAGCAAGUUGAAUGCAGAAUACUCUCCGGAGGUGUUUCAAAAGCACGUCUUGAGACGGUUCACUACUGAGAACCCUGUCUCCAAGCAAAGGAUGCUUGCUGUAGCACGAUCACCCGUCGAGAACAGGUUUUAUUUACACUCUCGAGAUACCGCAUUACUCUAUAAGGAGAACUCAACAUUCUUCUCCAAGUACGAUGCUCUCUGGAAAGCUACCAUGAACGUACAGAGAUUUCAUGAGGAGUCUGAGGAUUUUGGCUGGGGUAAUCCGUUGCGAUACACGCUCGAUAUCAUGCGCUCGACAAUUGAUCGCAUAGCUGCAAAAGACAUAUUGCUUCAGAGCUCAUCUGCGAACGGGCUCUUUCCAGGUGCACUGGAUCCUUUGACCAAGGAGCCUGAGAUGCACUACGAGGAAAGGUGGAGAGACCAUUAUUGGCAUCGAACUUUCGAAGUUCCUUAUGUGCUUUGGAAAUGCCGAGACUCCGACAUAUUUCAAUCCAUUUCGAGCAAGGAUUCUGCCCAAGCUCAGAAGGAGUCGAUCAACGUUCCUGUCCAAGUCCAGAAAGAUUUGAGCCAUGUUUCUGCACACGCUCAGAGGGACGUGAGAAUUAUCCUUUCUAAAGUCCAAAAGGAAUUCAAUGACGCUCUCACCCAAGGUCAGAAAGAGUUGCCUGCGAGUUCACUAGCCUCGGAUUUGUACCCGAUUCAGAUGACGAUGAAGAAAAGGAUACCUUUCAAUAACGUCAUUGUUCAACAGAGUAUAGUUGAAUUGCCGGAUGAGUGGCUCUAUAGGUUUCCAAGCUUUUUCCAUCCUGAAUUGUCUGCCGAGGAUAGUGUUAAGAACAAAGACACGACUGUCAUACCACAUGGCGUCAUCAUCGACAUCCCAAAGACUGACCGUAGAAAGGAAUACGAAGAUCCCUUGCGCGAUAUUGAGCUGCUGGAUAACGAAACCAUGUAUAACAGGCUGAGAGAAGAGCGUUCAGUACAUAACAGCAAGAAACGGCUCAUAUGGAUCACGAAUCCCGACACAGAUACUAAGAGAUUUUGCACCAUCACGUCUGCCGAUGAUGAGUCAGAUUCGUUGAACCUUUUCUUUGAAAGGCACAACAACAAGGCCAAAUACUUCUCGGAUGAAGUGACUGCAACUGCGAACUUGUGGACGACCGAGCUGCACCUUUCAUCCUACCGACUUACCCGUCAGACAAGGAAUGGCAAAAGAGCCGGUAUGAUGUUUUUAGGAAACAACAACUUACUGAUAGAAAGAGCAGGUGCGGGGUUUCGGUUUGUCGGAGACUUCUUCGAUCGCUACUGGACCUGUCACGCUCUGGAGACCGAGCCGGAUUUUGUUUCGCCCUCGUUCAAAUGGACGGGCUUAACUUCCGAGGACGAGAAAGAAACCAAAGAAAAGCUUGACAAGAUACUCAAUCUGAGGGAGUUGAAGCUGGACUUUGAGCGACACAAGGAGCCAUGGAAGCAGCGGAAGGUGCUGGAACUCCUUCUGCUCGAUCGAAUGCUUCGGGAGCUAACGCAGCGAUAUGAUGAAAUCAUAGGGGAGAUAGGCCAACAGCUAGAGCGGUUGUUUGUUCACACGGCGAAAACAGAUGACAAGAAUACCAAAGAAGAGAAAGUCAAAGGGAACAUAGUAUCCAUCUCGAACGAGCUAUUCUCUAGACAGAUGAACAAUGGUGCUUAUCUGGUGUUCCGUAAGACAUGGCCGGCCUUACAAUAUUCUCUUCAAGUUAUUGAGGAAGAUCUCAAGGAAGUCUUGGAGAAGAUUGACAUAUGGAACACCCGUAAAGCAGAUCGAAGACCCGAAGAGCCGCGAUGGACAAAAAACGACGAAGGAAGAUACCGGGCUGCUAUCACGAAGCUCACAAAUGAGAACUUGCAUGCGAUUCGGGACUUGCGAUAUCACCUAGCCACCAUCCAGUCGUUGAGAGUCUCCCUCUCAAGCGGGCUCGAUUCUACAAGAGACGAGUUGAGCUUUCAGAACGCAGAGAACAUUCGAUAUUUCACGUUCCUCACUGCUGUGUUUCUGCCACUUGGAUUUGCCACAGGAAUCUGGAGCAUGGCCGAUUCAUCCCCUCGUAGCGAAAGCAUAAAAGGAAUGGUGGUUACAGCUGUCAUUACAUUGUUUCUGACAUUCACUGUACUGAUCAAUGUGCAACGACUCAACGAAUACUUGAGCCUUUAUACUUCUCGUACGUUCUGGGAGAAGCGCAACGGAGCGCAAACGAGUGUGCACCAAGAACAGCAGGGUAAUUCUUCUGAGCGCGAUCGUCCAACGCAUGGAUUCGGUAAAAUUCGACGGAUUCAGCUGCCUGGUUUGAGGAAAAGAAAAGAAGCAGGGAAAUCCAACGAGUCCCUAGCCUGA